AUUAAUAGGAAUCAUCCCAUGCGCUGCAUCCUUUCUUGGCCUCUUUUUAAUCCCUGAGUCUCCAAGAUGGCUGGCAAAGAUGGGGCGUGAUGCGGAGUUUGAAGCUGCGCUGAGGAAGCUCCGAGGGGAGAAGGCUGAUAUUUCGCAGGAGGCGGCAGAGAUUCAGGAUUAUAUCGAAACUCUGGAAAGGCUACCGAAAGCUAAGAUGUUGGAUUUGUUUCAGAGGAGAUACAUACGCUCUGUUCUUAUAGCAUUCGGGUUAAUGGUGUUUCAGCAGUUUGGAGGAAUCAACGGAAUAUGUUUUUACACGAGCUCGAUAUUUGAGCAAGCAGGUUUCCCCACAAGACUUGGGAUGAUAAUAUAUGCUGUGCUUCAGGUGGUAAUCACUGCGCUUAAUGCACCAAUAGUUGACAGAGCCGGAAGAAAGCCGUUGCUACUGGUUUCUGCGACAGGUUUAGUGGUAGGUUGUUUGAUCACAGCAGUCUCUUUCUAUCUCAAGGUUCACAACUUGGCACAGGAAGCAGUCCCGGUCCUGGCUGUUGUUGGUAUUAUGGUGUACAUAGGAUCGUUCUCAGCAGGCAUGGGAGCCAUGCCGUGGGUGGUCAUGUCUGAGAUAUUUCCCAUAAACAUAAAAGGAGUAGCAGGAGGCAUGGCGACGCUGGUGAAUUGGUUUGGAGCGUGGGCCGUUUCUUACACUUUCAACUUCCUCAUGUCCUGGAGCUCUUACGGAACUUUCAUCAUUUACGCUGCCAUUAACGCCCUGGCCAUCGUCUUCGUCAUUGUCAUCGUGCCUGAAACGAAAGGGAAGACACUGGAGCAGAUCCAAGCUGUGGUCAAUCCAUAGUCCACAUGAUGUUAUUUUUACUAGGUGUUCUCUUAUCUAUUUAACAAUUGGGACCUAAAGUAGCAAUCUUGAACCUCUUUGCUUUUUAAUGAAUUGUUAUCAAUCCCUCUCGCUUUCUAUUAAUUGUCUUAUUGAUACGCACUUUCGAGUUCAAAAGGCGGAUCCUUAGAUUUUUGAUGUUUUCCAUAGUUCCUAUAUA